GGCCCUGAUUGCGUUCAUCUGCAUAGAGACCAUCAUGGAAUGCUCCCCGUGCGAAGGCCUCUACUUUUUUGAGUUUGUGAGCUGCAGUGCGUUUGUGGUGACUGGAGUCUUGCUGAUUCUGUUCAGUCUCAACCUUCACAUGAGGAUCCCCCAGAUCAACUGGAACCUGACGGAUUUGGUCAACACUGGACUCAGCACUUUCUUUUUCUUUAUUGCUUCCAUUGUACUGGCUGCUUUAAACCACAAAUCCGGAGCAGAAAUUGCUGCCGUGAUAUUUGGCUUCUUGGCAACAGCGGUGUAUGCGGUGAACACAUUCCUGGCCGUGCAGAAAUGGAGAGUCAGCAUCCACCAGCAGAGCGCCAAUGACUACAUCCGAGCCCGCACCGAGUCCCGGGACGUGGAUGGGCGCCCGGAGAUCCAGCGCCUGGACACAUGAGGGCCCAGCAGGGUCCUCCCUCAUCCUCGUGCCCAUCCUUUCAAUCAAGUUUUCUUUCCCUCGUCACGACAGAUUCUCAUGUGUUUAAGCUGAAUUUUGUCCUCUUUGGUAAAGUUCAUUUUGGGAAAGGUCCCCCUCCCCCCAGAGUGGCCCUGUUAGCAGGUAUGUGAGGCGGAGAGCCCCUGCACCCUGCUGUGCGACAGAAGUGGGUGGGAGAGACCUACGGGUUCUCCAGCGUUUGGUGGCCGUGGGAGCAGCCGGCCUCCCUGGCUGCCGUGUCCACUUUAGGUCUUCACCGGCCCUGAGCACAGGCUUCCUCCCCAUCUGACUCUGAGCCACCCUGUCAUAUGCAUUUGUGACAAGUCAAGACUUUGGAUUAAAUGGGGGCCGCCACGAGGGGGAAGUCAAGGAAGGAAGGUACAAGGUUGGAACAGUCCGUCACCAGUGAUUCCUGGGCAGCCCCCAUCGUGCGCUCCAUCAGCGUUAGUCUUGCUGCCAGGAUCCCCCCCUACUGCUUGUCUUCCAUGCCCCGGGCAUCGAGACAGCCAGCACAGGCCCGGCAGCCACGCGUGGCACUGAGGGGUUGCAGUGAUGGGGGUGCUGGGGGAGCUCUGGGCUGGGUCUGGACUUUCUGGGGAUGGACAAAGCUGGUGUCCCCUUGGGACAGCUCACAGGACUGUUGACAUGCAGGAGGGUUACCUUUCACUUCCCACCUGCUGAGAAAACACUCGAUUCUUCCUCAAAUGAAUCACCUCCCUGAAUCCCAGAUUCUCCUCAAGGAAUAUGGGGACCAUCUUGUUUUUCGCUCUCCUGACUACCCUUAAUGCUUUGAGGCUGCGUUGCAGAUUUCCUAUCAUUUUACCUCUUCAGGUAAAAUCCAGGAGAGAAACGCAGUCCAUCCCGCCAGCCAGAACACUUGCCCGUUUGGACCCCUCUGUUUUAGAUACGUGCUCACUUCAGUGACCUGAGAAGAGUUCUACAGUGAUUCUGUGUAGACUUGUCUAGGAUUCGAAAAUACUUGAAUUUGCACCAUGACACCCUUUCAUUGUAUUUGAGAAGCACGAACGAAUUGAAGCUUUUCAGGGCCCUAACUACGAACAUCCAUCUUGGAGGUUGUUGGGAAGAAAUCUAGGUCUGUCCGAUUUUUGAACUGAUUCUUGAUGAAGUGAAGAUUAUUGUGGUGAAGGAGUUAAAUGAGCCCCUAUGAUGCUGUAGAGUUGUCCUUUUCUUCCUGUUGGAGAUUAAUUGUAUCUUUUAUGGAAAAAUUGUUUUAACUUGUCAGGUUUUCACUCUGAGCUGUUUUUAAUGUUUACAAACCUCACUCUAGCUCUAAUGUUUUGUGAUUAGCUCUCACCAAGGAAAAAACAGUUACUGCUGGUGGAAAAGUGGGAAGAUCUCGCAGUAACUCGGAGAACCCCCAGGAGCUUGUGCUAGCGAGCGAUCCCAGCCUUGGCAGCGUUCUGUCUGAUGAGAGAGAGAACAGGGGUAUGCCUUUGGGGUGGCGGGAGGAGAGCGUGCGUGGGAAAGCGUCCGUCUGUGCGUGUGUGGCAUUGCAUUCUUCAUAAAGAGCAGCGUCGGGGGAUUGAGCAGGUGGCUGGGGAUUUCUAGGAAAUGGUACUAUGCUGUCUCUGAGGGGGCGGGGUUAGGGGUUAGCUCCCUGAACUGAACACUCGGUUCAGUCUGAGUUCUGCUGCAGUUCCUGCCCUGGGCACCGGCCCAGGUCACAUGUGCAAGCCCCUUGUCUGCUUCAGGGGCCACGGCUGCGGGUGCAGGCCCAGCUGGUCUGGGGGUAACUCACCUCCCUCUGCUCCCCCAGAGGGCAGCCAGGCCUGGUCACAGCGGGGCGUGCUGCCCAGAGGGUCUGCUGGAGCCCUCUCUCCGUGUCUGUCCUGAGGCAGUACAGGUCACGCUUCACAAACUUUGAACCUAUUCUAUAUAGUGAUUUUUUGAGGAGCUUCUAACAUCUGGAUUUUAUCUGUUCAUUUUAUGUAUUUAUUUUGCAUUUGUUGAGUGUGUCUGCCUAAUCAAAAUUGGGCUUAUCUCACUCUGCGAGUUCCAUUUAAAAAGGGGGUCACAAAGACUCGGCCUUGCAUUAAAUGGGGCCCACUUGGGAGGACCACCCUGUACUUUAUCAGAAAUCUCCUGCUGGGAAUCAUGUUACUUGGCCUCAAUAAAAAGCCGCCUUUGAAGUGAGAUUGAAGAAAAGAAUACCAUUCAGGCAGGAUUGCUGCCCAAGUUUUCCCAAGUCACUUGCAUGGGACCAGUUUACCGUCGGGGGGCGGGGGGGGGGGGAGCCUCCUGGCCUCCUGGGCUGUGCUGUCGGCUGCAAGAAGCCGAUCUGCAGCCACGGACACUGUGACGGCUGAUGAUGAGGAAGAGUGAUGACACCCAGUGCCUCAGAGCGACUUAGGAGUUAAUGUGCAUCUUAGUGUUAGAAUCUUUGGAAUAAUUUAUGUCCCUGUAACUAUUUAAUAUCCUUUGUGCCAUGAGGCUCUCCCAUGGAGUUUGUAAAUAUAUUUCUUUCUAUUUAAUUAGCGCUCUAGCUGGUGUGAUGCACCGCCAUCCAUCUCGUCCCCUGUGGCAGUGUGGUGGUGAGGAGUUGUGAAGGGGAUGUGCUUGUCCAGGUGAAUGUAAAGACACCUGCGUUCUUCUUACAUUGCCUCUGUACAAACAAGACAAUCUAGAUUUCGGGGGGCCUGUGGCACUUCUUUUUUUUGGCAAAUUAAAGGAAGCGUGUUUUUGCAUUUAAUAGUUCCAA